CUCCUCCGCAUCCGAAUCCCUCCCAACCAAGGUAAAAGCUGCGCCGGCGUUUCUGUCUCUCAAUUUGAACGCGCAGGUAACUGAGGAAAAAAAGCGCCGUCUCCCAGAAUGUCCGCUAGUCCCGCGAGAGACGCCCCGGACAGCGCAUCAGCUGCGAGGUCUCCGCCAGCAGAACCAGAGAGGCAAGGAGAAGAAUUCGAGCGCGAUGAUGAGAAAGGGGCACAGGAAACGCUGAAAGAGGGGAAAGGCACGGCUUGGCAGGAGAGAGAAGAAGGUGAAGAAGAGGAAGAGGGGGAGGAUGGGGAAGGGGAAGGGGAAGAGGAAGAGGAAGAAGAAGAAGAAGAAGAAGGAGAGACAAAGGAAACAGAACCAGACACAGACGCAGACACAGCAGCACCACCAUUACCAGAUCAAAUCCCUCCUCCGCUCCCCAAAGAAGCACCACCGAGUAACGACGAUGGCUGGGAACCCGUCUGGGACGCCAAUGCGCAGGCUUACUACUUCUUCAAUCGCUAUACGGGGGUGUCGCAAUGGGAAAACCCACGGGUGCCAGCCGCAACUACAGAGGAAACGACGACAGAGGCGCCCGCUGAAAACCCAUCCCCUGUGCUAGGCGGAUAUAACCCUGCGAUUCAUGGCGACUAUGACCCGACUGCUCCCUAUGCACAAAUGUACGAGCAGCCUCAGGAGGGGACAGUCCCCGCCGGCGCGGUUGCUCCGGGGAUCACGACCCCAGCCAACUACGAAGCGGCAGGCUCGUUCAAUCGGUUUACAGGGCGGUGGCAAGCGGCGUCCCAGAACGGGGAAUAUCACAAUGAUGAGAAUAAGUCGCGACGGCAGAUGAACGCGUAUUUCGACGUCGAUGCGGCGGCAAACAGUCAUGACGGGAGGAGCUUGCGGGCGGAGCGGAGCGCGAAGAAGCUGAGUAAGAAGGAGCUGAAGAUGUUCAAGGAAAAGCGGAGGGAGAAGAAAGAGGAGAAACGGCGAGCAUGGCUGCGCGAUUGAUUCCGUGGUCUUCUCUCUCUUCUUUUUUUUUUUUUUUU